AUGACCUGUGUGUGGAUCUUGGUCUUUUCAGCGGCACUAGCCAUCUCUCAGUUGCAGACGUGCGACAGUCACAAGGAUGAUAACACAGGUGGCAGGCACGAGGCUGCCGCACCUCGUGCAGCGUCCGAACAGCUGCGUGCGCAACUGAAAGGUCCAUCACUGAGAACCAUGGAAAUGGGGUCUACCACUGACAAACUGACAAGUCAUAGUCUCCAACAAAAUAGACUCUCAGAGACUGUCUCGGAGAUUAAAUCUCCACAAAAUGCCAAGAGCAGACUCGUAAAUGUUGCAGCAAUAGCUAGGGUUUCUCCACAGGACGAAUGCGCCACUGUGCCCUUGAACAAGCCUCGCAGAGUACCACGACAACUGGGCAGAACUCAAUCCGCACCUCAGAGAGCUCAUACUGUCACCAGACAGAGUACACCCAGUCAUGAGAGGAAAUCCUCAGCCUCGAGGCGACUUGUUGGGCCACAUGUGUGUGGGGGGCAACAGUGUUGUUCUGGAUGGGCUGUCGCUCCAGGGACAAAUCGCUGCAUCAAACCGGAUUGCCAGCCCCCAUGUCAGAACAGAGGCUCCUGCAGCCGCCCUCACACCUGUGUGUGCCGGUCUGGUUUCCAAGGAUCGCGGUGUGAGGAAGUGGCCCCGGAGCAGGUGUACGUCCGAACUGGAACCUCCAGGGUUCUGACCCCUGUCCGACCUGGCAGCAAACCUGGCCAGCGCCAUCACGGGCGUAGACGGCCCACUGAGAGACAAGCCAUCGACACCAGCGCAAAAACACAAACCCCCAAACCAGCGAGCACCAAACUUCCCCUUUCCACUGUGACCCAAGGGAGACACGGCCAGUCCAACUCCUCCCCUCAGCAGACUGGAACAUCCAGGACUGUGAAGCGCUACCCAUCAUCCACUGGCCCAAUCACAUCCAAUGCCCUGCCCAAUGGGCACACCACUGGAGUUCUCAAUGGAGCUCACCAUGGCCAGAUCUAUUUACACAACAGCCAGAGAGAUGCUGCCAACGGCCAAGUACACAGUGCUCACAACACCGGCAUGUCUGCAGACGGGGCCAACCUUACAGCCAAUGUAGACCGCAUCAAAAUAGUCUUCACACCGAUGGUGUGCCGUAGGAUCUGUAACGGAGGUCGGUGUUAUAACAGCUGUGAACGAGGAGACAAGACCACUGUAUACAGCGAGAACCAGGGCCCUCCGCCCAAAAGCCAGGGCUUCCGUCUCUUUUUCUGUCAGAUCCCUUGUCAAAAUGGAGGGAAGUGUGUUGGGCGGGAUGAAUGUUGGUGCCCGUCAAACUCCACAGGCAAGUUCUGUCAUCUCCCAGCUCCAGCCACCAUCAGACCCACCCCCAGCAGGAGAGCCAACAGUAAUGGCAUACAGAAUAGCUCCUCCCACUCCAUGUACACGCUGCCUUUGUCCAAUCAGCAAGCUUCCAUGCACCCAUCUCUGGUGAACGUUCAUGUCCAACACCCUCCAGAGGCUGAAGUACAGAUUCAUCAGGUGGCCCGAGUCAAACCAGGUCAGACACUACAGAACCAACCAGCUGAAGGAGUUCACUCAGUCCAACAACGCUCACAGCCAAACAAUGGCCAUGUCAAUGCCCAAGGCAAUGGAAAGGUCCUCAGCAACCACAGACUGCAAAACCAUAGACUGAAUGGACGCGUGGGGAGGUGCUUCCAGGAGACCAUAGAUGGACAGUGUGGGAAGCCCCUUCCUGGCCUCACCAAGCAGGAUGACUGCUGUGGAAGUGUUGGAGCGUCAUGGGGUCUCAACAAGUGUACAGAGUGUCCCAGCAAACCAGCAUAUGCAGUUAUUGCAAAUGGUCAAGUUGAGUGUCCCAAGGGCUUCAAGAGGAUGAACAUAACUCAUUGUCAAGAUAUCAAUGAGUGUUUGAUGCCAGGGAUUUGCAAGAGAGCAGAGUGUUUGAACACAAAAGGUAGCUACAGAUGUACCUGUAAACCCGGCUUCAUGUUGGACCAGGCUCGGAGUCACUGCAUCUCUGAUAAAGCCAUUUCAGAAGAAAGAGCCACAUGCUACCGUUCAGUCUCAGCAGGGACGUGCGCACUCCCUCUCGCUCAGCGAAUCACCAAACAGAUCUGCUGCUGUAGCCGUGUUGGCAAAGCCUGGGGCUCCAACUGUGAGAGGUGCCCAUUACCAGACACAGACCACUUUAAGGAGAUCUGUCCAGCGGGACAUGGAUACACGUACUCCCGUUCAGACAUCCAAAUCACACUACGGCAGCUUGAGGAAGAAGAGUUAAGCAGAGCCGCAGAGUCUCAACCUCCACAGAUCCCCUCAUACCCCCAGACUCCCCAGAUAAUACCACAGACUCCACAAAUCAUCACCCCCCAUCACCAGCCUCAAACCCCCACCCAUUCACAAAUUCCCCAACCCCAGCACCCUCACCAGCAACCUCCGGUUCCCGUGGGCCCGCCCAAACAGGACACUGCAGAAGAGUCUGUUUACCAGCCUACUGUUGUAGAUUCCGUUGUGGGAGUGUCAGAUGUGGUGGAGAUCACUCCUCGUUAUCCCACACGCCUGAGACCAGAUACUGAGGACCAAGACACAGCAUCCAUAGAUGUUGCCACAAAAGUCACAGACAUUGAUAGGUGCGCCCUCACGCCUGGCAUCUGUGGGCCAGGUCAGUGUAUUCCAGUCCAAACCGGCUACACUUGUUACUGUGACAAUGGCUACAAACUCAAUGCCCUGCAGACACGCUGCAUUGACAUAAAUGAGUGUGAGGAAGACCCUUGUGGAGGCAAAGGAAAAUGUGUGAACACAUUUGGAUCCUACACCUGCCAAUGCUUCACCGGCUACAGCCUGGUUAUCACUCAGAACAGGAAGUUCUGUCAAGAUGUUAAUGAAUGUGACAUGCCCAGUAAGUGUCCUGAUGGUCGCUGUGUGAACACAGAGGGAUCAUACACUUGUGAAUGCAACAGUGGCUUCACUAAGAAUCCCAGAGGCCAGUGUGAAGACGUGGAUGAGUGUCUAAGCCCUGGUGCCUGCCCCGUUGGUAAAUGUGUGAACACAGUUGGCUCGUUCCAGUGUCAGUCCUGCGACCCAGGGUUCAGGGCUGUUAGUGGGCGAUGUCUGGAUAUAAAUGAGUGUCAGAUCUCUGAUGUUUGUGCCAAUGGCCGAUGUGUGAACACUGAAGGUUCCUUUAACUGCACCUGCAACCAAGGAUUCCAUCCGACCCCCGAUCACAAGAGCUGCCAAGAUAUAAAUGAAUGUCUUCUCCCCAACACCUGCACUCAUGGCAGCUGUGUCAAUCUGAAGGGCUCCUAUCGCUGCAUGUGUAAUUUUGGCUAUCAGACCACUUCAGGUGGCAGAGCUUGUGAAGAUAUCAAUGAAUGUACGACCAGGAAUGUUUGCCCUGGUGGAAUCUGCACCAACACAGAGGGUUCUUACACAUGUACAAACUGCCAGGCUGGAUAUGUUAGAUCAGCCGAUGGGCAGAGCUGUGAAGACAUAGACGAGUGCAGUCAGACCAGCCUGUGUGUGGGAGGUGUGUGUGUGAACACAGAUGGCUCAUACACCUGCACACUGUGUGAAAAUGGAUACACACUUUCUCAGGACAAACAGAGGUGUGAGGAUAUAGAUGAGUGUCUGUCUCCUUCUGCCUGUUAUAAUGGUGUGUGUCUCAACUCUGAGGGUUCGUACUCUUGUGUGGACUGCCCCUCUGGAUACAGGAUCUCAGCCGAUGGAGAGGUCUGUGAGGAUAUUGAUGAGUGUGCAUCGCCUUCAACAUGCCCCCAAGGAACCUGUACCAACACAGAUGGUUCCUUUACCUGUACUAUGUGUAGUCCAGGCUACAGAGUCACUGAGGAUGGAAAGCAGUGUGAAGAUGUGGAUGAGUGUCAAUCUCCUGAUGUUUGUCCCAUGGGUGUGUGCACUAAUACUGAGGGCUCCUUUUCCUGCAUGACCUGUGACUUUGGUUACAAAGUCUCCUCAGAUGGACAAACAUGUGAAGAUAUUAAUGAGUGUGAGGAUGUGGGUAACUGUGUGAAUGGAGAAUGUAUAAACAAUCCUGGAUCAUACACCUGUGUCUGUCCCAUGGGAUUUGAUCUAAAGGGGACUAGCUGCAAAGACAUUGAUGAGUGUGAGUCGAUGGGUAUCUGUGGGGAAGGGGAUUGUUUGAAUACGGAUGGCUCUUACCUCUGUGUCUGCCCGCCGGGUUACUCUCUGCUUAACAGCGGAUUGGGCUGCCAGGACGUGGAUGAGUGUGCAGAGGGAAGUGUAUGUUCUAAUGGACAGUGUUUGAACACGGACGGAUCAUUCCAGUGUGUGUGUGAAGCAGGUUAUAAGUUCUCCACUGAGAAAGAAGACUGUGAAGAUCGGGAUGAGUGUAAGGAGUAUGGCAGUGAUAUAUGUGGUACCUGGCGCUGUGAAAACACCCUGGGAUCAUAUCGCUGUUUCAUGGGCUGCCAGCCUGGAUUUGACGGCAAGGAGACUGGAGAGUGUGAUAUUGAUGAGUGUGUGAAUGAGACAAUCUGUGGUGAUCAUGGGUUCUGUGAGAACACAGAUGGCUCCUAUCGCUGCCAGUGUGACAGAGGAUACACCAACGCACCCGACUCUCCUGGCUGUGUGGAUGCAGAUGAGUGUGAGUCUAGCUCUGCCCUGUGUGGGGAUGCCCUGUGUGAGAAUGUGGAAGGUAGUUUCCUGUGCAUCUGCCCCAGUGAGAAUGAAGAGUUUGACCCCCUCACUACAAAAUGCACAAGCAGCCGCACCAGAAUACCAGAGUUUUCGGCUUCCCACUUCCCCAGCCUUCCUCAUGCUGCAUCCACUGAUAAUGAGAGGAAAGUGUGUUACUACAACCUGAAUGACGGAAACAUCUGCUUCAACGUUCUCUCCCAUAACGUCACCAAACAGGAGUGCUGCUGUACGGCUGGAGCAAGCUGGGGGAACUGUGAGGACCGAUGUCCCCUAAAAGGACAAGAUCUGGAUGAGUGUAAACUCUUUGCGGGUGAAAUAUGUAAAAACGGUCGCUGUGUGAAUUUUUACUCCUCUUAUUCCUGUUUAUGUCACACUGGCUAUUACUAUGACAACAUGCGUCUGGAAUGUGUAGAUCACGACGAGUGUGUGGAGGAGAACGCGUGUGAAAGUGGAAUGUGUGUGAACACCCAAGGUUCCUACAAUUGCUUCUGUAGUCCCCCUCUGGUCCUGGACAACACACGCCGUCGCUGCAUCUCCCUCAAUGGCACUGAGGAUGCGUAUCGAGGCUCAGAUGGUGAUGAUGAUCUGUAUACAGAUAUUUGUUGGCAGAGUGUGACACAUGACUUUGUGUGUUCUGAUCCUUUGCUGGGUGUUCGGACCACCUAUACGGAGUGCUGCUGUCUCCGUGGUAUUGCCUGGGGAGAUUGUGCCUUCUGCCCUGACCGAUCCUCCAUGGAUUUUGCCACACUGUGUAACCUGGCAGGGAGGGGAUCAGACAGUCUGAGGGAAAGACCAGGUUUUGAGUAUGGUCCAGACCUCAGCCCCGAUGGAACCUAUGGCCCUCCCUACUGGGGUAACUAUGGACCCCUUACUGGUACUGAGACCUAUUACAGCCCUGAGGACACUCAGAACGGACCCGUCUACACUGAUCCCUCCAGUGACUACAACACCAGAGAAGGGGCGAGAGUACCUGUUCAAUGGCCCCGAGAGCACCAACCGCCACGCAGAGUAGACCCAAACAGGGACCGCUCCGAAGGCUUUGAGGGCUUGCGAGCAGAGGAGUGUGGUAUCCUGAAUGGCUGUGAAAAUGGCCGUUGUGUCCGUGUGCGUGAGGGCUACACAUGUGACUGUUUUGAUGGCUAUGAACUCAACCUUUCCCAGAUGGCGUGCAUUGACAUAAAUGAAUGUGAGGACAUCAGUGACAGCGUUGCACUUUGUAAGAACGGGGUGUGUACUAACACAGAAGGCUCUUACAAAUGCAACUGCCUGCCUGGCUUUAUGGCCUCUGCCAAGCCUCAUGAGUGUAUCCCAGAGGAGCCAGUGUCUGCAACCAGGGAGGCUGGAAAAUGA